GUAAUCAAGAUUUUGAAAACGAGUCGAAAACCACACCACUCUCAACCCGACAGAUCUCCGCUCUUUUUGACCUUUUCACAACACAGGAAUACUCUUGUCCUCGAGUUAUACAUACAUAUACAUGUAUAUGUAUGUAUAGUUUAUAUACACAUAAAACGGAUAGAGUAAAAGAGGGUUAAAGUAAGCCAAAAAUUCAAAUUCAUCUCUCGAUUGGUGUUCGAGCAAUUAGUCGAGAUCGGAGGCUGAAAAGCCCUAAUUUUUUGGGGGUCCUGAGAUUUAGGGUUUCUAGAGCGUGUUUGGAGCUCACGAUCGUGUUUCUCAGAGAUGGUUGGCUUUGGUGUUACGUCUCCUUCUUAACCGAUGCUGAUAUAUGUAUGAGUAUACACAAUAUAUGUGUAUAUAUUGGGGUUUAACUUCGUAGUAGUAUUAGUGGGUUGUGAGAUGGACGGAAGGAGAAUAAGCGCAGCCAGUCCUCGACCCUGCUGUGGCCGCCGGGUUCUGGCAAAGAAACGUCCUCGCGGCGGCGUUGAUGGGUUUGUCAAUAGCGUCAAGAAACUCCAGAGAAGGGAGAUAUGUUCAAAGCGUGACCGUGCUUUCAGUAUGAGCGACGCUCAAGAAAGGUUCAGGAACAUUAGAUUGCAGGAGGAAUACGAUACCCAUGAUCCAAAAGGACAUUGUGCCAUGGUACUGCCAUUUCUCAAAAAGAGGUCAAAAAUUAUUGAGAUAGUUGCUGCCCAUGACAUUGUCUUUGCUCUAGCGCAGUCUGGUGUUUGUGCAGCAUUUAGCCGAGAGACUAAUGAGAGGAUAUGCUUUCUGAAUGUCAGUCCCGAUGAAGUUAUACGAAGCUUGUUUUACAACAAAAACAAUGAUUCACUUAUCACUGUUUCUGUUUAUGCUUCCGAUAAUUUCAGUUCUUUGAAAUGCAGAACAACAAGAAUUGAGUAUAUACGGAGGGGCAAACCAGAUGGAGGUUUUGCUCUUUUCGAGUCUGAGUCAUUGAAAUGGCCUGGAUUUGUAGAGUUUGAUGAUGUAAAUGGGAAGGUACUCACUUAUUCAGCACAAGACAGCAUAUACAAGGUGUUUGACUUGAAAAACUAUACGAUGUUGUACUCAAUAUCAGAUAAAAAUGUUCAAGAGAUUAAAAUCAGUCCAGGCAUCAUGUUAUUGAUUUUCACCAAAGCUAGUGGCCAUGUUCCUCUUAAGAUUCUUUCAAUAGAGGAUGGCACUGUUCUCAAAACAUUCAAUCAUCUCCUGCAUCGGAAUAAGAAGGUGGAUUUCAUUGAACAGUUCAAUGAAAAACUUCUUGUCAAACAAGAAGAUGAAAAUCUCCAGAUUCUUGAUGUUCGCAAUUAUGAGCUAACAGAAGUUAGCCGAGCUGAAUUUAUGACUCCCUCAGCGUUUAUAUUUCUGUAUGAGAACCAGUUAUUCCUGACAUUUAGGAACCGGACAGUGGCUGUUUGGAACUUCCGCGGGGAGCUUGUAACUUCAUUUGAGGAUCACCUUUUGUGGCAUCCUGACUGCAACACAAACAACAUAUAUAUCACAAGUGAUCAGGAUCUUAUCAUUUCUUAUUGCAAAGCUGAUUCUGAUGAUCCGUUGGCGGAAGGAAAUGCUGGAUCCAUCAAUAUCAGCAAUAUCUUGACUGGAAAAUGCCUUGCUAAAAUAAGAGCAAGUAACAGCUUUCCGUUGCACAAAUGCGGUUUCAGUGGCAGUUGUAGCGGCAGAAAGUGCAGUUCGAAGAAGCAAAUCCAGUCAUCCAGGAUUAAGAGUACUGUUGCAGAAGCCCUGGAAGAUAUCACUGCUCUUUUCUAUGACGAAGAACGCAAUGAGAUCUAUACCGGUAAUAGGCAUGGCUUGGUCCAUGUAUGGUCUAACUGAAGCUUGUAUUCUAUCUCCUCAUUCCCCUUCAAUUGAUGAUUGUUCUUCCAGAUGGUUAAAUUCACUCUGCAACCCCCACUCGAGAACUCCCUCGAAUUGUACCAUUAUAUUAAAUGCUCUUUAUUUUAGGCUCAUUUGUUCUCUAGUUCUUUUGUUUUCAUCAUUUUGUGUUGCUAUUUUUUUUUUUGUCCCCCUUCUUUUGGGGUGUUAUCCUUCUGUCUCCCCCUGCCUUCAAACAAUAAGUAUUUUUUAUUUUUCUUGCUUUCGUGUUUUUGGGGUUGAGACGUGGGAUUUUAAUAUGAUCUUUUACUGUUGUAGAUGUGCUUUUGUAAGUUCAGGCUGUGUCUAUGUAUGCUGCAAACAGAUAUUUUAAUUAGCAAGCAGGCUUUCAGGUA